AUGGGUCUGCUUAACCUCUCAGAAGUUCUGCGUGGAACGUGGCUCAUCACAGCUAUUACUGUCGUAAAUGCUUGCUCCAUGGCCUGGUUUGGGUAUGACCAAGGUGUCUUUUCCGGAGUUCUCAUCUCCGCAGAUUUCAAAAAGCACUUUCCUGAAACGAAUGAUUCGAAUAUAUCUGGAAUAACUUCAAGUUGUUUCUCGUUGGGUGCUUUCUUCGGUGCCAUAUUCGCAUUUGCCCUAGGAGAUCGAUUUGGUCGGAAAAAAGCGAUAGUUAUUGGUCUGACAUGCAACACCAUUGGGGCAAUUCUUCAAGUUGUAUCUUGGAGCUUGAGUCAAAUGAUUGUCGGACGCAUAAUCAACGGAUUCGGCAUGGGGUUGACAUCAUCAACCUGCCCCGUCUACCAGGCUGAGUGCUCGAAGCCUAAUGUACGGGGAAAGCUGGUUGUUGUAGGCUCCUUGUCAAACACUGCUGCGUUCUGUCUUGCCAAUUGGAUGAACUUUGGUCUUUACUUCCAGGGUGAAGCUCUACAGUGGAGAUUCCCUCUAGGAUUUCAGCUCAUCUUCCCUGUGAUAGUCUCCUUCACCAUGUUAUUUGUUCCCGAGUCCCCUAGAUGGCUACUGCUAAAAGAUAGGCAUGAAGAGGCUCUACAAACACUUGCACGCCUUGAGGGUCCGGCAAAGUCCAUUGACGACAUGGAUGUCAAAGCACAGUUUCUAUCAAUACAGUCGGCACUGGAGAUGGAAAGAAGAGAGCAAGCACCAUUUAUCGACGUUCUUACCGGUCGGGACAAAAUGAAGAAUUUACGGCGAUUACUUCUAUCAUGCGGUACACAAUUCAUGCAGCAAUUUAGCGGCGUGAAUGCACUCGGCUACUAUCUCCCGACAUUAUUGGUACAGAGUGUGGGGCUUGGAGAACAAGAGAGCCGUCUUUUGACAGCCAUUAAUGGAACGACAUAUCUCUGUGCUGCAUUCUGCUGCCUAAUUGUUAUUGAUCUUUUUGGUCGAAGAAAAUUAAUGCUGUACGGGUCGGUGGGCAUGGGCUCCUGCUACUUCAUUGCCGCCAUGUGUUUGAAAGCUGGAGAGAGUAACCCUAUAAAGAAACAGCUGAUGGGUAAAGUCACCACCGCUAUGUUCUUUCUAUAUUAUUUCAUCUAUGGCACAAGCUUUGCCAAAGUUCCAUGGGUGUACAACUCAGAGGUCAACUCGCUUGGCUGGCGCACUAGGGGUGCAGCAGCAGCCACAGGAACAAACUGGAUUUGCGGCUUUAUUGUGACACAAUUUACAAGUAUCGGGGUCAAGAACCUCCACUGGCGCUUCUACCUGAUUUUUGCUGUUAUCUCCUGGACCUUUUUUCCUAUUGUCUUUCUAUUUUAUCCAGAAACCUCGCGCCGUACCCUGGAGGAUAUGGACGAAAUCUUCAUUCGGAAUCCGUCGUUGGUAGUAUGUGGAAAUCGCCAACUCACACAGCGGGAGAGACCGGAGGAGUUUGCCGAGGCAGAGAGGCAGAGAAUUGCGGGUGACAUUGAGCAUGGAAAAGAUGGUUUUUCGAUUUCGACAACUACCCAUCAUGAACGGGUCUGA